AUAUAUAUAUAGAGCUGUGGCUGUAGCAGUUACUGCGAGGGCCCAUCGAGAGGGAGAGAGAAGGCAGAGAAACGACGUGGUGAUUGGUUGUCGAUGGCAACCUUCGCCUCCUUUCUUUCCUGUUCUUCUCCUCCCCCGCCUCUCCCUUCAUUAGGACGUUCGUUGCGUCCUCGUGUUUUGCCUUCGUUGUCCUUUUCUGUUGUUGAGCCCACAAGAAUUUCUGGUAAAUUCCGAACUCUGGGAAUCCGGGUUUUUGCUUCUUCAGCUUCUUCUUCUGUUUGGGAUUUUAGUGCCGGUGACGACAAUUCGCGGUCGAAGAAAUCAGUCCUCUUUAAUUUAGUACGAGAUAUAGAGCCCCUGGAUGUGAGCCUUCUUCAGAAAGAUGUUCCGCCUACAACUAUAGAUGCCAUGAAGAGGACCAUAUCUGGCAUGUUGGGUCUGCUGCCUUCGGAUCAAUUUCAAGUUAUGAUUGAAGCUUUAUGGGAACCACUCUCCAAGCUGUUGGUUUCUUCCAUGAUGACAGGGUACACACUGCGAAAUGCUGAAUAUAGGCUUAGUCUAGAGAGAAAUCUUGAGAUAUAUGAAGGAAAUAAUGAUAAAUCAAAAGUCGAAGAUUCUAAACUUGGAGCUGAAGGGACACAUCUGGAGGACGAAAGAAUUAGCAGAAACUUCAGCCAAGAAAGCUCGCCAACUUAUGAUGAAACAGAAGUAACAUACAACAUUCCCGAUUUUGGUGAAAUGACCCCUGAAGCUCGAAAGUACAUUUUGAAGUUGCAUUCUCGUUUAUCUUCAGUAAAAAAGGAGCUCCAUGAAGUUAAGAGGAAAAGUGCAGCUCUUCAGAUGCAACAGUUUGUUGGGGAAGAAAAGAAUGAUUUAUUGGAUUACUUGAGAUCUUUGCAACCAGAAAAGGUAGCCGAGCUAUCAGAACCAACAUCACCUGAAUUAAAAGAUACAAUCCAUUCAGUAGUACAUGGUCUCUUGGCUACGCUUUCUCCUAAGAUGCACUCGAAAGGUCCUGAUCUUGGCGACAACAGUGCUAUAGGAACUGUAGAUGUUGAAACUGAAGGAGAUUGUGUUGAUCUUGUCGAGAACACCUCUCUUCAAUUCCAGCCCCUUAUUUCAUUGACACGUGAUUAUCUGGCUCGCCUACUAUUUUGGUGCAUGCUGCUGGGACACUUUCUUAGAGGCCUGGAGUACCGGUUGGAGCUUAUGGAGCUUCUGUCAUUGCCCUAUGUUGCAGAGAUCGAUUCUUCCAGUGGCGAACAAGUUGUUUAGAAGCAAACUAUGUUUACUUGAUUUCAUGUGUACAUAGAUACAAGUUAUCUUCUGUAUAAAAAAACCAUUUGUGUUUGACAGCACUGAAGUGAAACAAACUACCUAGUUUACUCGGGUAGAACCUCAUUGUAUUGCCAGUUCCUUUCUUUUUGUGCAA